GCAAAUUAUCACUUUCUUCAGCCCCCUCACAAUUUUGGUUGGACCCAAUGGGGCGGGGAAGACGACCAUCAUUGAAUGUCUAAAGUAUAUUUGUACUGGAGAUUUCCCUCCUGGAACCAAAGGAAAUACAUUUGUUCAUGAUCCCAAGGUAAUGGUGUUUAUAAAGUUUCAUAUUUUAAAAAAUGAAAUUUUUAUGAUUAUAAAAGUACUAGUUGCUUAUUGGAGAGGACUUAACAACGGAGAGUAUGAAGAGAGGAAGGUCAUCGACGGUCUAAGCACCCCGUGAUAACCAUUGUUGGUGUUUUUAGUAAUUUUUCUCCCUAUGUGUAAUGUUUUGCAGAGCAGAGAUCAUAGUCCUGCGUAAUGAUGCAUUCAGGUUUUCCCCACUGAGCGUUGCUGUACCAUGUGAGGUUACUAAAACACUCUAGGACUGACACAGGGGUUCAUCAGGUCAAUGCACUUGCUAUGCGAGUCAGACUUGUGAAGGUGGAAGGAGGGAAUGGAUGCCGCAGAGUUGUCCUCGAGACCUCUACACGUGCCCACACACAAACAUGCACAUUUGCACAUGACACACAAAGUAAUAAAAAAUAUUAGUAUUUAGGAUGUGUUUUCAGUCUUUGUACUUUUUUUUUUUAGCUGAAGUCUUUAUUUAAAACUUGUGAUGCUGUGUAAAUUGCGUUAAUAUUUGCGUUAUUGUUUGCAUUUCGAUUGCUGUAGUUUUCCCCUUUAUUCUACCUUGAUGAAAAUCUUAGUGAUGAAGCUUUGCUUGAAUUGCAGGAUUUUUAUUACUAGUGUGUAUAUAGGACAUUGUGUUUGGCCUAUAUUCUUAUUGCAUAUAUAUUAUAACAAGAAUAUGAAUUUAUUUAGUCCCAUUAAAUCUCAAUAAGUUAAGGGUUUAUUCUUAGAUUCCUUCUGUACUUGUAAAACCAUGUCUUUGUGUGUUUAUCAAUACGCUUGCAUAUUUAUAUUUUAGAGUAUCCCUAGAAAUUUUUUUAUACAAGUUAGGUUAGUGGUGUGCUAUACAUGUUAAUAACAUAGACGCACUUGCUGUUUUUAGUUUCCAUGAAUACUCUGUUGCGUUUAUAGGGUUAUUGUUUGUUUACUUUAAGACAAAGUCUCACUGUAUAGUCUUGGCUGACCUGAAACUAGCUACAGAACCAGACUGCCCUUGAAUUUAACAGAGAUUAACCUGCCUUUGCCUUCUGAAUUAAGGACACGUGCCACUACUACCAGGCCUAGUUUAUUAAACCAACACCUGUUAUUUAAGUUGUAUCUUUAAAUGCGACUUUAAACUUUAAGCCUGAUAUGCUGCCACAUGCCAUCAAUCCAGUACUCUGGAAAUGGAGGCAGGAGGAUCAGGAGAUUGAGUACAGAUUGGGCUGCAUGAGACCUUGUCUCAAAUGAACAAAACAUCCUAGACAUACCUGGGAAUAAGGGAACCUCAAUUGAGGAAUUGCCUACAUCAGAUUGGGCUGUGAGCCUAUCUGUGGGGCAUUUGUUUUUGAUUGCUGAUUGGUAUGGCCAGCCCUUCCAGCCCGUUGUGGGUAAUACCAUCCUCGGGCAGGUGAACCUGAGCUAUGUGAGAAAGCCAAUAAACAGCACUCCUCCAUGGUCUCUGCUGCAGUUGCUGCCUCCAGAUUCCUUGCUGUGGGAAGUGCUUCUGUAUGUAUUUUGCUUUUAUUGGUUAAUGAAUAAAGAAUCUGCCUUGGAUGUAAUGGGGUAGCUGGAAAGCGGGGAGAGACACGGGACAGGACUAAACUGAAUGCUUGGAGAAAGAAGGCAGAGUCAGGAGAUUCCAUGGAGCCACCAGAGGGGAAAGACGCGAGCUGCCAGCUGGAACCUUGCAGGUUGCUCAAGAAACAGAUGUGCGAGCCCAGAUUCGCCUGCAGUUUCGAGAUGUCAACGGAGAGGUGGUGGCUGUGCAGAGGUCUAUGCUUUGUAGCCAGAAAAGCAAAAAAACAGAAUUUAAAACCCUGGAAGGAAUCAUUAGUAGAAGGAAGCAUGGUGAAAAUGUCAGUCUGAGCUCCAAAUGUGCAGAAAUCGACCGAGAAAUGAUAAGCUGCCUUGGGGUUUCCAAGGCUGUGCUAAAUAAUGUCAUUUUCUGUCACCAAGAAGACUCCAACUGGCCUUUAAGUGAAGGAAAGGCCCUGAAGCAAAAGUUUGAUGAGAUUUUUUCUGCAACAAGGUACAUUAAAGCCUUAGAAACACUUCGACAGGUACGUCAGACACAAGGUCAGAAGGUAAAAGAGUGUCAAACAGAAUUGAAAUAUCUGAAGCAAAAUAAGGAGAAAGCUUGUGAGAUUCGCGAUCAGAUCACUAAUAAGGAAGCCCAGUUAAGGUCUUCACAGGAAAUUGUCAAGUCCUAUGAGAAUGAACUUGAGCCACUGAAGAAUCGUCUGAAAGAAAUUGAACACAACCUUUCUAAAAUCAUGAGACUUGACAAUGAAAUUAAAGCCUUGGAUAGCCGAAAGAAACAAAUGGAGAAAGAUAACAGUGAAUUAGAACAGAAAAUGGAAAAGGUUUUUCAAGGGACAGACGAGCAACUGAAUGACUUGUAUCACAACCAUCAGAGAACAGUGAGGGAGAAAGAAAGGCGCUUGGUAGACUGUCAGCGCGAACUGGAGAAGCUGAAUAAAGAAGCCCGGCUCCUCAGCCAGGAGAGAGAGGAGCUGCUGGUGGAGCAGGGUCGUCUACAACAACAGGCAGAUCGCCAUCAAGAGCAUAUUCGAGCCAGAGAUUCAUUAAUCCAGUCUUUAGCAUCAUAUCUCGAAUUGGAUGGUUUCGAGCAUGGACCCUUUAGUGAAAGACAGAUUACAAAUUUUCAUGAACUUGUGAGAGAGAAACAGGAAAGAGAAGCUAAAACUGCCAGCCAGUUCUUGAAUGACCUUACAGAGAAAGAAACUUUGAAGCAGAAGCAGAUUGAUGAGAUAAGGGACAAGAAGAGUGGACUGGGAAGAGUGAUCGAGCUGAAAACAGAACUCCUCACCAAGAAACAGAGCGAGCUGAGAAACGUGAAGAAUGAGCUUCAGCGGCUGGAGGGCUCAUCAGACAGGAUUCUGGAGCUGGACCAGGAGCUCACAAAAGCGGAACGUGAAUUAAGCAAGGCUGAGAAAAAUAGCAAUGUAGAAGCCCUAAAAGCAGAGGUAAUAAGCCUCCAAAAUGAGAAAGCUGACCUGGACAGAAGCUUGCGGAAACUGGACCAGGAGAUGGAGCAGUUAAAUCACCAUACAACAACACUUACGCAGAUGGAGAUGCUGACCAAAAACAAAACUGACAAAGAUGAACAAAUCAGAAAAAUAAAGUCUAGGCACAGCAGUGAACUGACUUCACUGUUGGGGUAUUUUCCUAACAAGAAACAGCUUGAAGACUGGCUUCAUUCUAAAUCCAAAGAAAUCAAUCAGACGAGGGACAGACUUGCCAACCUGAACAAAGAGCUAGCUUCAGCUGAACAGAAUAAAAACCAUACAACUAAUGAGCUGAAGAAAAAAGAAGAACAGUUGUCCAGUUAUGAAUAUAAGUUGUUUGAUGUUUGUGGUAGCCAGGAUUUUGAAAGUGAUUUAGACCGGCUUAAAGAAGACAUUGAAAAGUCCUCAAAACAGCGAGCCAUGCUGGCUGGAGCCACAGCCGUUUACUCCCAGUUCAUUACUCAGCUGACAGAUGAAAACCAGUCCUGUUGCCCAGUCUGUCAGAGAGAGUUUCAGACAGAGGCUGAGUUACAAGAAGUCAUCAGUGACUUGCAGUCCAAGCUGAGGCUUGCUCCAGAUAAGCUCAAGUCAACAGAAUCAGAACUAAAAAAGAAAGAGCGGCGCCGUGAUGAAAUGCUUAGGCUUGUGCCCAUGAGGGAAAGCAUAAUUGAUUUGAAGGAGAAGGAAAUACCCGGAUUAAGAAACAAACUGCAGAGUGUCAGCGGAGACAUACAGAACCUGAAGACUGGCAUAGAAGAACAGGAAACACUCUUGGGAACAAUAAUGCCUGAAGAAGAAAGUGCUAAAGUUUGCCUGACAGAUGUUACAAUUAUGGAGAGGCUCCAGAUGGAGCUGAAGGAUGUUGAAAGGAAAAUUGCACAGCAGGCAGCUAAGCUGCAAGGGGUAGACUUGGAUCGAACUGUCCAGCAGGUUAACCAGGAAAAACAGGAAAAACAACACAAAGUGGAUACAGUUUCCAGUAAGAUUGAAUUGAACCGUAAGCUUAUACAGGACCAGCAGGAGCAAAUUCAGUGCCUGAAAAGUAAAACAAAUGAGCUGAAAUCAGAGAAACUGCAGAUAUCCACGAAUUUGCAACGUCGUCAGCAAAUGGAGGAGCAGACUGUGGAAUUGUCCACGGAAGUUCAGUCUUUAUACAGAGAGAUAAAGGAUGCUAAAGAGCAAAUAAACCCUUUGGAGACAGCACUGGAAAAGUUCCAGCAGGAAAAAGAAGACUUAAUCCACAGAAAACAUACAAGUAACAAAAUGUCUCAGGAUAAAAUCAGUGAUAUCAAAGAGAAAGUUAAAAAUAUUAAUGGUUACAUGAAAGACAUAGAGAAUUAUAUUCAAGAUGGAAAAGAUGACUAUAAAAAGCAAAAGGAAACUGAACUUAAUGAAGUUGUAGCUCAACUAAAUGACUGUGACAAACACAAAGAAAAGAUAAAUAAAGAAAUGGGAACCAUGAGGCAAGAUAUUGACACACAGAAGAUACAAGAAAGGUGGCUACAGGAUAACCUUACACUAAGGAAAAGAAGAGAGGAACUAAAAGAAGUUGAAGAAGAAAGAAAACAACAUUUGAAGGAGAUGGGACAAAUGCAAGUUUUACAAAUGAAAAAUGAGCAUCAGAAGUUGGAAGAGAACAUAGACACUAUAAAACGAAACCACAGUUUGGCAUUGGGGCGGCAGAAGGGCUAUGAAGAAGAAAUUCUUCACUUUAAGAAGGAGCUCCGAGAACCUCAGUUUCGGGAUGCCGAGGAGAAGUAUAGAGAAAUGAUGAUUGUCAUGAGAACCACAGAGCUGGUGAACAAGGACCUGGACAUCUACUACAAGACUCUCGACCAAGCAAUAAUGAAAUUUCACAGUAUGAAAAUGGAAGAAAUCAACAAAAUUAUUCGUGAUCUUUGGCGGAGUACUUAUCGUGGACAAGAUAUUGAAUACAUAGAAAUUCGAUCAGAUGCUGAUGAAAACGUAUCUGCUUCUGACAAAAGGCGGAAUUACAACUACCGAGUGGUGAUGCUGAAGGGGGACACAGCCUUGGACAUGCGGGGACGAUGUAGUGCUGGACAGAAGGUGCUAGCCUCUCUCAUUAUCCGCUUGGCGCUGGCUGAAACCUUCUGUCUGAACUGUGGCAUCCUUGCCUUGGAUGAGCCGACGACAAAUCUUGACCGAGAGAACAUUGAAUCUCUUGCACAUGCUUUGGUUGAGAUCAUAAAAAGUCGCUCGCAGCAGCGUAACUUCCAGCUUCUAGUAAUCACUCAUGAUGAAGAUUUUGUGGAGCUCUUAGGGCGAUCUGAGUACGUGGAGAAAUUCUACAGGGUGAGGAAGAACAUGGACCAGUGCUCGGAGAUUGUGACAUGCAGCAUUAACUCCCUGGUUCACUAACGUGUUUUGGUAGGGAAGUAAGUCACGUGAGGGGGUUGAGGCUGUCUCUACUGAAGACUGAACUGAUGCCUGACACAGUCCUAGCAACCUCCCCGUUCUGCUCAGCCUUUCAUCCUCCUGCCAACUGAAGGCCAUCCAGAUGAAUGACACUUCUCAGAGCAGGGCUGACUUGAUGGGGGUUGUUGCCUUGGUGAUUUAUGGGGUAGGCAUUUAAAAAUGUUAGUAUUUUCUCUGAAGCUUUGAAGUAAGAAAUAAUGACUGACUCCGCUUUAACAUGAAUCCAUGUAUACAAACUGUCUGAGCCUGAGUCUCCCCAACUAAAACUGUAGCAUUGAGUGGAGGUUGAUAGGAUAAAUACCCAGUUCCCUCCGUGCAGCUGCCAGGGGAAACUCCCCACUCCUGCCCUGCCACUCUUCUGUCAUGUGUAGCCACUUGACCUGGCCACUAAUCCCAACUGCUCUUCACAGCAGGUUCCCAUGUGGGUGGGAAGCUAGGCUUGCCCACAGCUGGGGCCCGCUCCCCAUGAACAGGCAAGGGCAAACCUCAUUUUCACUCCAGAGGCCGAUCCUGUUGAAGUCCAGUACACAUUUCCAUGGAAUUUCCAGCUGAAGCCUUCUGUGGAUAUUCUCUAGACAGGGUACAUCAAAGUCCCAUGCUUGCAGCGGUCCAGCUCUGUCACUGAGCUGCUCAGGCCUGCUCUGCGCCGUCUGCAGAUCUCUAGAACAGGGCCAUUUCCUCCACACAACCUUUUCCGUCAAGUAUAUAAAACAGAUGCAUAAAUAAGAUGCAACUGAAAAUAGAUAAAGAAAACUAGUUUAAAACAAUUCUUUGAUAUAUAUAUAUAUAUACAUAUACACACACACAGCUUUAUCAUUUAUUAAAGAAAAAAGCAAAUAUUGUAUACUAAUGGCAUGGAUGUACUUGUUUGUUUUGCAUAUGGAAGUAGUUAAAUCUUGAUGGAAUAUUUGAUACUUCAGAAGGACAUAAAACAUCUUCAACUUUUGUUUUCGAGACAGUAUUUCUCUGUGUAGCUUUGGAGCCUGUCCUGGCACUUGUUUGUAGACCAGGUUGGCCUUGAACUCAGAGAUCCACCUGCCUCUGCUCCCAAGUGCUAGGAUUAAAGGCGUGCACCAUCACUACCCAGCCAUCUUCAGCAUUUUGAUAGUCGAUUGGUAGUGUGAUUUUAUAAUCAAUUUUCAAAGUUGCUUCACAUAGCCAGGUGUGGUCUCUAGCAGAGGCAGGAAGGUCUCUGUGAAUUCAAGGCUAGCUGUAUAUUCAAAGCAAGACCUUGUCUCAGAAAACACUUUUCUCACACAGGUAUAAAAUGCAGGGGAAUGUUUAUAUCCAUUCUUAACAUUUUUGGAAAUUCUGUCACUCCCAAACCAAAAUUCAUUUACUGUGAAAAAGGGCCUUUAACCCAGGCUGAUCUUGAACUUGGUGUAGCCAGAGAUGGCCUCGAGCUUCUGAUCCUCUGCCUUCCAAGUGCUUAGAUUACAAUGUGCAUGCAUUGAUCCUGGUUUAUGUGGUGCUGGGGACUGAACCCAGGGUUUCACGCAUGCUAAGCAAACACUCUAAUGAUUGAUUACUCUAUGAAACUCAAAUUAAAAACUCAAAAAUUUUAAAAAUCAAAUAUUCUAAGAUAGCACAGCCAAAGCAAAUUAAAUUGAUGUUUGCUUCCUUAGCUACUUUUCUAAUGCUGUGAUAAGACACCAUGACCAAGGCGACUUAGAAAACAUUUAGUUGGGCUUACGGUUCCAGGGGAUUAGUAUGUGAUUUCAGAGCAAAGGCAUGGCAGCAGGAACAGCUGAGUGCUCACAUCUCAAGCAGGAGGCAGAGAGAACACUGGGAAUCGUG